UCCCGGCCCUCCGCCUCCCGCCCCGACGGCGCGGGACGGCCCCGCUAUGGGCACGGCGCCCCGCGGUGGGUCUGUGAAGGCAGGGAAGAUGCCAGAAGGGGAGAAGACGAGGCAGUGCAAGCAGGAAGCGGAGCAGCAGCAGAAGGAAGAUGAGGAGGGCCUCAUCGAAUUCUAUGGCUCCUACCAGGAGCUGUUCCAGUUCUUCUGUAGCAACACGACCAUCCACGGAGCUAUCCGCCUGGUGUGCUCUAAAAAGAACAAGAUGAAGACGGCCUUCUGGUCUGUCCUCUUCUUUCUCACCUUCGGCUUACUGUACUGGCAGUUUGGACUCAUCUACAGGGACUACUUCAGCUACCCUGUCAACCUCAACCUCAACCUCAACUCCGACAGGCUGACUUUCCCUGCAGUGACGCUGUGCACACUCAACCCAUACAGGUACAGUGCCAUUCGAAAGAAGCUGGAUGAACUGGACCAAAUCACCCAUCAGACACUGUUGGACCUCUAUGACUAUAACAUGUCCUUGGCACGAAGUGACGGGUCAACGCAGUUCUCACGAAGGCGCACCUCGAGGAGCCUGCUCCAUCAUGUUCAGCGCCAUCCUCUGCGGAGGCAGAAGCGAGAUAACUUGGUCAGCUUGCCAGAAAACAGUCCCUCGGUGGACAAGAACGACUGGAAAAUUGGCUUUGUUCUGUGCAGUGAAAACAAUGAGGAUUGUUUCCAUCAGACGUACUCCUCAGGAGUGGAUGCAGUGCGGGAAUGGUACAGCUUUCACUACAUCAAUAUCCUGGCACAGGUGCCUGAUGCGAAAGACCUGGAUGAGUCUGACUUUGAGAAUUUUAUUUACGCUUGCCGCUUCAAUGAAGCAACAUGUGACAAGGCGAAUUACACCCACUUUCACCACCCCUUGUAUGGGAACUGCUACACCUUCAAUGACAACAGCAGCAGCCUGUGGACAUCCUCUCUGCCUGGGAUCAAUAAUGGCCUCUCUCUGGUGGUGCGCACCGAACAGAAUGAUUUCAUCCCUCUGUUGUCAACAGUAACUGGAGCCAGGGUCAUGGUCCACGAUCAGAAUGAGCCAGCCUUCAUGGAUGAUGGGGGUUUCAAUGUGCGUCCAGGUAUUGAGACCUCCAUCAGCAUGAGGAAGGAGAUGACUGAGCGUCUUGGGGGCAGUUACAGCGACUGCACAGAGGAUGGCAGUGAUGUGCCAGUGCAAAAUUUGUACUCAUCUCGCUACACUGAACAGGUCUGCAUUCGUUCCUGCUUUCAGCUCAACAUGGUAGAGCGCUGCUCCUGUGCCUAUUACUUUUAUCCCCUACCUGAUGGAGCAGAGUAUUGUGACUACACCAAGCACACAGCUUGGGGCUACUGCUAUUAUAAACUCCUUGCUGAAUUCAAAGCUGAUGUGCUGGGCUGCUUCCAGAAAUGUCGGAAACCUUGCAAAAUGACAGAAUACCAGCUCUCUGCUGGAUACUCUCGCUGGCCUUCUGCUGUCUCAGAGGAUUGGGUUUUUUACGUGCUUUCACAACAGAACAAAUACAAUAUAACAUCCAAGAGGAAUGGGGUUGCAAAAGUGAAUAUCUUUUUUGAGGAAUGGAACUACAAGACCAAUGGGGAGACACCAGCCUUCACAGUAGUGACUCUCUUGUCCCAGCUUGGGAAUCAGUGGAGUCUCUGGUUUGGAUCCUCUGUCCUAUCCGUGAUGGAGCUUGCAGAGCUGAUUCUGGAUUUCAUUGUCAUCACUUUCAUCCUGGCCUUCCGCUGGUUCCGCUCCAAGCGGUGGCACGCCUCCCCAGCGCCCCCUCCAAGUAGUCAUGAUAACACUGCCUUCCAAGAGGAGGCAUCAGGACUUGGUGCUCCACACCGCUUCACUGUUGAGGCUGUAGUGACCACACUGCCAUCUUACAACAGCCUGGAAUCACGCAGACCAAGCAAGGAUGGUGAGACAGGACACGAGUGAGGCAGAGAUUUAUUUCAUAAUUCAGUUAGAUGGCAGUUGGACCAGAAGCUGCAUACUUUCUCUGUGGGACCUACCUUUCAUUCUUUUUGGGAUGCUCUGCCUCGAUCAUAGCAAAGACUGUAUUGCGGUUAAUUGCUUUUACUAUAUGUGAAUCCUUCAGUCUUGUAAAACACUAUUGCUCUUGGAAUCACCAGGGAUGAGAGUCAAUCUAGUGUUUGCAAAGGGAAGAUGUCAACUCAGCUUCCUUAUAGUCUUUACAUGUGCAUACAUUAUUUUUUUCCUCUGCAACAAAGAUGCCGCUACAGUUCUCAUCUGUUAUUAAUUAAAGAGGUUUGGCAGGUGUGAUUGACCUUCUCUGUAGUAUGACAAGGCACCAACACAGAGUCUCAGCAGAGAUGUAAGUCUCUCAGUAGGCUGAGCCUUAAACUUCCCCUGAGGCUGGAAACUGGUUGUUCUUCCCUACUUCUUAACAGCCAGCUCUGAUCUCUAGACUGAGCCUGCACAUCCUCUCCUCUCCCAGAGGAGAGGCUGCUGGCAGUCUCAGUCCAUGUGAUUCACAAUAGUCUAGGGAGAUUGCUGAAGCAUGUAGCUGUUCUUAGACCAGGACAAAAAGCAGCCCAUAGCACACUGUUAGAGCUUCACUGUGUAACAGUCUCCUUCCCUGUGAUACACCAUACAUACAUACAUUCAGACGUUUGUUUGCCAGAGGGUUCAGGAUGAACUGAACUCAGCCCAGAGUGGGCCCUCUUAUUCUGCUAGGGAUUAUAAAACAGAACUGCUGCAGGCUUUGAUGUAAGUUGCUUUCAGGGAAAGCUCUGGCCUGAUAAAAAGAUAAUAGAUGGUUACCUCUAGAAGAGGACCCUCUCCUCAGUUUAAAGAACAAUUUGGAGAUCUCAGCAUACACCUUAUUGUUUGCAGAAAGCUUGCCUUUUUUUUUUUCUUUAAAAAAAAAGUCUGCUGCAUCUGUUGACAAUGGUGUUUACACAGCACUUUACAUGAUGUCAAAGAGAGCAAGGGUGAUGUCCUUAACAGACAGGAAAAUCCACUUCACUGGACACAGAUACCAGAAUUCAAAUAUAUAGUUUAGACAGAUCCAUGUACAUAAUCAUACUGCAAGCAGCCUCCUCUUUUGGACUCAGAAAUUAGUCAAUCAACAAAGAAAAACUUAGAAUACUUUUAAAAUUUGAGGUAGAUACCCCACACUUGGAAACCUGCAGAACUUUACAACUAUGUAUUGUUACCUAAUUCUCCCAUUUGAUAUGUUAAACGUGCCUGUUGCACAACUCUUGCCUUGAUUACCUAAGUGCACUUUCCACUCUUCCUAGCUGCUUUUAUUUCUCACAGGCAUGAACACUAAA